AUUUCGAAGACAUUUUGAAGCCCCAGAUGUUUGACUAUAUUAUUGAAGUUAUUAACUCCUUGGGAGAUUAUGAUGAAAACACAGGGAGAUAUAAUGAAUCCUCUUUACCAACCGAAGUUGGUACAAUAAAACUGCAUGUGAGAGUUUGUUAAAACAUAAGAGGAAAAAAUUAUCGAUUUUGCCCUCAAUGGAGGAUAUCAAGAAAUCGAACUCUUAUGUAAUGACAAAGAGAAAUCAUUACUUUGAGGCUUUGAUGAAAAAGUUCAAUGUAAAUACUUGGAGGAACUUGGCUAAUUUUACUUUGAUUAACAUAUUGAUUUUUAAUCGAAGGCGACCUGGAGAACUCGAACGAAGUCUCAUUUCUGAUUUAGACAGCUUGGCAAGAAGUGAGGAAAAUACGGAUACAUAUAAAAAAUUGUCUGGAAACGACAAGAUAUAUGUGAGGGAAUAUGUAAGAUUUGUCGUCAGGGGAAAAUUGGCAAGAGGAGUUCCGGUUCUCUUACAUAAUUCAAUGCAUGAAUGUGUUAAAUUAUUAUUGAAAUACCGAAAAGAGGCCGGAAUUGAUGAUA